UGUCUAUUGUGUCAGCGUUACAUGACUGCCGCUGUCUUCAGCAGUGAUGCCAUGACCAUGUGUCAGUAGGCUUCGUGGUCUGGAGAUCAUUCAGUCCUUCAUGGAUGAUCCACACAUUGGAUAUUUGAAAGAUAUCAGAAAUUCGAUCUGUUUGUUAUGCGAGACGGCCAUGCACGAAGGCUAGUGACGUAUGACCUACACAUGUAUGUGACUGUUGCUUCAGAUGGUCACUUUGAUCUCCACGAUGAACUACAGCGGGCUGAUGUUGAUGGUGCUCGGGUGUGCCUUGCAUCGUCACAGGAGUUGUCAUUGAGCUAGAGGAGGUGGCAAGUCACGUGACACCAUGCCGCAUUCACCAUCGAGCUAAUGCUUCCAGCAACCGAGUGGUGUGGAUGUUUGCUGGGAAUACCUCAACAUCAGCUUUUGUUUAGAAUAUCCUCAAAUGUUUCCAUCCAUAAUUUCACCCAUUCGAACGAUGGAGGAAUGGACGUCAUAUCGAUUCAGCUUGACGGAAUCGCAAUGGGGCAGAGUCACAACCCUGGAGAGAUCCAAUAUGGGUGCAUACUGGGACGAAUUUCUGAGAUCAGGUCAAGUCGGAGAAUGGAGGGAACUUGAAGCUGGAGACCAUACUUUGACCCUGACUGUUAUCGAAGCUGACAAGUUUGGUGUGGAGGUGGAUGCGAUCGUAGUGGAGAUGGAUGCCGUCAAUGUCAUAGCAAACAACAUCCGGUGUGCGGGAUCGUCCUUCAAGUGGGGAGAUAACUCUGGCAUUGGUAAUGGAUGUAAUCCCUCUGAUGAGGUGAAAACAGUCAAAACAACAGGAAGAGGCGGCGUUUCUUCCAAUCUAUGCAAAUGCUGUAAUGACUAACGGCAGGCUGUCGAAGCUAACACAGGGGAAGAGGUG